AUGGCCGAGCCGCCGCGGAACGUGGAGAUCGACCCGGACUUCGAGCCCCAGAAGCGGCCCCGCUCCUGCACCUGGCCGCUGCCCCGUCCGGAGUCCGGAGCGGGCAAACCCGACACCCAUGACACUGACGUAAUCCCCGAGGAGGAGGAUGACGACGAGGAGGGCGCCGCGGAGACCCCCCGCGGUGGGGAUGUGAAGCCCCGGGGGGCGAGCUGCACCGGGGGGCCCGGCUCGCAGCCCGUGGAGAUCCGGCGCGGCCCCAGCGCGGAGGAGGCGGCGGACGGCUCUUCUCCCUCCGGGCUGACCCCCUCCUCCGCUGACUCCCUCCGCGGCUCUGCCUCCCAGCAGCUGAGGAAGUCCUCCGCCCGCAGGAACGCCUGGGGCAACUACUCCUAUGCAGACCUCAUCACCCAGGCCAUCGAGAGCUCCCCGGAGAACAGGCUGACCUUGUCCCAGAUCUACGACUGGAUGGUGAGGUCUGUGCCGUACUUCAAGGACAAAGGCGACAGCAACAGCUCUGCGGGCUGGAAGAAUUCCAUCCGACACAAUCUGUCCCUCCACAGUCGUUUUGUCAAAGUCCAGAAUGAAGGGACAGGGAAAAGUUCCUGGUGGAUGGUCAACCCAGAGGGGGGGAAGGGAGGCAAAGCUCCUCGCCGACGGGCUGUAUCCAUGGACAACAGUAAGUACAUCAAAGGGGCUCGAGGACGGGCCACCAAGAAGAAGGCCUCACUGCAAGCCGCUCAAGAGGGCAGCUCUGAGAGCUCCUCGAGCCUCUCCAAGUGGACAGGAAGUCCAACUUCCCGCAGCAGCGAUGAGCUCGACGCCUGGACAGACUUCCGCUCCCGGACAAAUUCUAACGCCAGCACAAUCAGCGGUCGUCUGUCCCCGAUCCUGGCCAACCUGGAGCUGGACGAGGUGCCUGAUGAUGACUCUCCACUCUCCCCAAUGCUGUACUCCAGUCCCAGCAGCAUGUCCCCGUCCACAGGGCCCACUGGGCUCUCUGACCUGGCAGGUACCAUGAACCUCAAUGAUGGGCUCUCUGACAACCUGAUGGACGACCUUUUAGACAAUAUCAGCCUGACGGCAUCCCAGCAGCCUCCUCCUGGAGAGGAGGACAGUGGAGCAGACGAUCAGGGGAGCUCCCUGUUUACCUUCAGCUGCUCAGGAAGCAGUCUGGGUAGCCCCUCUGGCAGCUACGGUCCCAACCCUCUUUUCAGCCCUCCGUCCAUCACGAGCCUGCGCCAGUCGCCCAUGCAGACCAUUCAGGAGAACAAGCAGACCACCUUCUCCUGCAUCUCGCACUUUAGCGACCAUCAGACCCUGCAGGAUCUGCUCAGUCUGGACUCCCACAGCCCCAGCAACGUCAUGCUCACCCAGUCCGACCCGCUGAUGUCGCAGGCCAGCACCGCCAUCGCUCUGCAAAACGCUCGUCGAAAUGCCAUGCUGCUGCGCAAAGACCACAUGUCGGUGAACCCCACCAUCGCAGGUCAGGGUCAAAGCUCAUCAGUGCCUGGUUGGCAAGCUGGCUUGUCAACCUCUGACGGCGAUGCCAGUCAACCUAUUGCCAAGCAGCCACACCUGAAGUCACCCAGCAAGAACGCAUCUAUGCAGCUCGGCUCUGGUUUGUCCGGCCAGGACCGCUUUCCUGCCGAUCUGGACCUGGACGUGUUCAACGGCAGCCUGGAGUGUGACAUGGACUCCAUCAUCCGCAACGAGUUGAUGGAUGCAGAUUGCCUGGACCUCAGCUUCGACUCUUGCCUCACUUCCGCCCAGAACGCCAACAGGAAUUCAGGAAGCUUCUCAAGCUCGAAACAGACCUCCCCUCAAAGCUGGGUCCCGAGCUGAGAGGCUCUGUCGGAGCAUGAUUCAAGAAAAGAAAAGAAAAGAAAAGUGGGGGAAAUGUAAAUUGGGUGUCAUUGUCCUGCAUUGUUCAACUAGAGGGAAUGGAGUGUGUAAAAGUGUAUUCAUGUAGUAUUUUUUUUCCAUUGUUUUUAAUGUGAGGCAUUCAUUUCGAUACUGUAUUUUAAGUGUCUGAGACACAUAAUGGUGUCUACACAGCGGAGAAACAAGAUCAAUACCUGGGCGGUGUGAACAACAGCACUUACUACUAGUACAGGACAUUUUGUUAAAACUAUAUGAAAAGCAUCAACUCAUGUUAGUCUCAGGGAAUCACGCAUAUCACAAAGUGAUACAUGAUGAAGAUGAAUUCUGUUUCCACCCUGCUCUUCUCCCUUUUCACGCCCUUUCAUACCUGAACCAACAUUUUUGCCAAACCAGCCGUCAGCCGGUUGUUGGCUGACGGCCUGUUUACAGAAUGAGAAUGUUGCAUUAUUACGUUCCAGUGGAGGAUACUUGACAAGCUUUAGUUUUUAUUUUAAUGUUUCUUUGAGAGACGUAGCCUAAAUGGACUAAAAGAUUUAAAACAAAUGUUAAAGAAAAGCUUUUUUUCUUUUCCCAUUGAUGCACCGAGUCAUGCACCAAAUAUCAGUCUGUAGAGGUUAAUAUGUUAUCAAGAUGUGAACUGAUCUACAUUGUGUGGUUAUUGUAUGUAAUGUUUUCCCUUCAUUUAGCAGAUUUGACCCUGUGAAGUUUAGUGACAUUACUGUGAAUUCUGUUCCUUCUGAAGAGGCUCAUUACUGACGUCUCGACGAUGUGGUGGUUUCUGCUGCAGAUCCCUUUUCACCAUCUUCCCCACUCGUCCUCCUCUCCCUCCUCUUCCUCGUACUGCAAUAUCGGAGGUCCCGUCCAUGUAGAGUUCAGGACGGAGUUAAGGACAUGAUUUAGCUCUAGGUGACACCAUUUACAUUAGCGGACAUUUAGGAAUAUCUGGAUUCAAAUAACCACACUCCACAACACUCGACUACAAUAUUUUGGUGUUUGAAUUUGAAGUUCUUGGUGCUAUAAAUAAAUAGAUAGCAGGGAGUGGCUGCAGAUGGAGUGUCAGUAGUAGCCUCUCCUUUGUUAUCAGCACUACAGCAGGUGCUGGGGGGGAAAAAAAUGCUGUGAUCGAAUCGUCUUGUUUUGAGGCUUCACAAGGUUCCUGGUGAAAUGAUCCAGAAGUAAAGUAUAAGUCGCAGAAAAGGUGCUUCGGUGCUUAUUUUCUUAUCUCCUUUAGCAUAGGACACAUUGGACCAUCCUUUACAAGAGGAAAGGAGAUAAGUCAAUUCCUUGCAGCGGCAGCAUUUAUUGAUCCACGUCAAUAACAUCUGCUGUCACAUACUUACGCCGCCUAGUGCAAGUGUCAGAUUCUCUUAGCGCCCCCGACGUCUUCAUGAAUCCUCCUUCACAUCUUUCCUUGACCUUGUGCAUUUUCUUUAUGUGGGUCAAGGAAAAGUGGUCGGGCAAGGACACGGGACGUGAUGAGUUUUUUUUGACGAUUGGACCACAGCGAUUCAAACCCUGCGAGAGGACGUUGUGUUGUAUCUUAGAGCCAUUUUUGCCAUUUUAGAAAGAAAGAACCACAGUAUUUUAAAUAUUGCCAAAACAUUUCUGCUUUGAAGUUAGCGGAAAUAAGAGGAUAUACAGUGUAUAAAUAUAAGGAACCAGUGCUGCAGGUGCAAAAAAAAUUGAAUAAAAUCAGCACAGUUUUUGUGGGAACAGCAGGAUGAUUUUUUUUUUUUUAAAUGACUUCAGUUAUUUUGUCUACUUGAUAAACUUAACUCGAUCAUUUUAAGACGCAUAUUUGUUUUAUUUAUUUAUUGACCCCCUCAGUCGGGGGAUCAUCAGGACAGACGACAAAUCAAUCAAUCAAAUUGAUUAGUUAUAGAAAAAUCGUGAAAAAUGUUGCAACUUAAUUGACUGAUAGAAAUGUUCAACCCCCAUUUUGGCAUAUUUUUUGGAUUUGAGAAAAAAAACACAUUCUGCACAUUUAUGUUCCCAAAUGGUUUCUGCGUCUUCACAUGGAUGAUUUAAUCUUCAAAAUACAAAUGACAUAAAACUUUUAUUUUUGAUUCUACAUGAAUUCUGAGUAACACUCACUGCCAAUAUCCAUUCUCUAUUUCUUCCUCUUGCUCCUACAAAACAAGACAUCAAGCUGAGAUUGUCGGUUGUAAUCCCAAUUCUUAUCUUGGCUGUAACAGAGAUGGUGCAUGUAAAUAAAGCUUA